AUGCAUCCAGCGAAGGAAUCUGGCGACGCUGCGAGAAAUGGCUCUAGAGUGAAAGACGCGAUGUCAAAAUGGGAGGAGAAGGGCAAGACCCAAAUUCCAAAACAGCAUGCUCAUCGCGACCUGCGUGGAUUGCCGCUCCAUGGAACAUUGGUGGAAGCCCUAAGAUUGUCGAAGGAUAUUGAACCACCGACCCCGAUUCAAGUGGCAGCUGUGAACUCUUUUCUGUCGCGUGAGACAAAUAUAUUCCUUCAGGCCCCAUUUGCUGCGGGAAAGACUUGGGGUAUGUUGUGCCAGUAG